AAGGGAGAGUAGCUACGACCCGCUCAUCACAACGUUCUUGAAGCUUAUUAAUCAGGUAACACUGGAGAACCAGCAAUUCCUUUGAAGGCAUAGUUUUAUCUCAAAAGGUAAGGCUUAAAGAGGUAUGCACGUAUUAUAUAAAAUUUUAAGAAAGCAUGCAGGAUAUAAAUUAUUAUCACUUGAUAUUUUGAGAAAAGUUCAUAGAUCACUUGCAUGCACGUAACGGUUAACGUAACGUAAUGGUAAAGUUUUAUUUACACAAUUUAAACCAAGAGAAAAGGAUAACCAACACUGUUUAGGAAAAAAUUGUCAAACAGAGAUUGAUUUUAGCGUUAUUAGUCAUUGCUAGUGCUUUUAAGAGUUUUACCCUCUUGCUGUCCGAAAUUCUCCCUAUUUUUUCUAACGGAGUGUACGUCCUUGUUUAAGUUUUUGCAUAGUGCUGAUUUACAAACCCGGGCAUUUCGAGCUUUGUUAUUAAGCAGUUAGUAAAAGAUUGGCGCAUAAAAAGUGUGUGAGUUUCUUCAUUUAUGUUGAAGACCUAUGACAAGGGGGAGUAGCUACGACUCACGCAUCACAACAUACUUCAACCUUUAUCAGGUUAUACUGAAGAACCAGAAAUUCCUUUAAAGAUAUCGGUAGUUUUAUAGUAAAAGGUAUGGCUUAGAGGUAUGCGCGUUUUAGACAAAAUAUUCAAGAAAGCAGGAAUUUUAUUGAUAGUAUGAAAACUUCACUUGCAUACACUUAACGCACGAUUUUUCAUUAAAGCAAUAGAGUUUAUGUUCUUGGGUAUAAAUAUGAGGCGAGGGUUAAAAUGUGUUGUGGGAAUGAGAGCCCAAAACAUGCCCAAGACUUGAACAUAAACUCUUUUACUAUUGUUAUGAAGUAGUUGCUGUUAGUUCUGUUUUGGAGUUUUGGUAUUUUUAAGGUUUUUCUAUCCGAAUGAUUAUUUUGUAGCACGCGCUAUUUUCUUAAUAAACAGGUCAUAGUCCAAGGAAAUUCAAUGUAUAGGCCACACGGUUAGUUCCUGGGUUUUGAGAAGUAUCGUCUACCGAAAGGAUUUGUUAAACUUGUUGUAGUUCUUUGAAGUAAGCAUGUUCGGGGAUUAUAGCUGACCUUGAGUUUUGCCUCCACUGAAGUUCCUGUUUUGUAUGCUUGGUCCUAGCGAGCAGUUUUACCGCUAGCAUUCAAUUGGCUCUCUAGUACUUGUUAAUUGCGACAGUGUAGACUAUUCUAUCGUUCACAAGUUCAGCGACAGGAUAUGCAAUGGAAGGGUCUCAUGGUCAGCUAACCCAAACACGUCCACAAUUUCGUUAUUUAAUUCGCUGUGUUAGCUAGUAGAAUUAGUUGAGUAGUAGAGUUGCUGUCAGAAGCUGUUGAAGAAUAAACUGCUGUCUAAAGAGAAAGAAUAGAGUCUUGGUCCUCUUGUUAAAAAGCCAAGCGAGCUUCGCCAGCCCUCAACAUACUUGGUGGAGAACUCUUUUGAAGAAUCACUGCAAUUGAGAGUGGAACUUUGUUUUUGUUAGCAUGCCUUUCCGUUGCAAGCUAGUUUAGUCCUGUAGUUUUCUUUGCUUUUGAUAAUGCUCGAACUUGCGUAAGUCGUAGUUUAUUUUCAGUAUACGUGUCGAUUAGUUUGUGAAUUAGUUAUGGCUGCUACGAGUCAAUUUCAAAGGUCGGUUUUCUUUUGAUGUGUUUGUCGCUUUUCCCGUUUAUGAGUGUCGUUUUUGAUUUUAUUGCCUUCGUUUUUGAGUCUUUGGGAAAUUUGGCUUAUGUUGAACUUUUCCACUUGUCAUCCUGAUUACUAGGCAGAGAGCGCGAACCCUGGCUCAGGGGGCCGUUCGCCAGGAAAAUUUGGCUGUGAAUUCAGGUUCGAAUGAGUGGCCUGCCCCUCCUCCACCCGUUCAGCAGUCUAGAGAACCGUUGUUCCGUUCAUUUCUAAGGUCAAUUAAUAGAUCACCUAGGGCUGAAGCACAAGCACAGGCGUUAAGUGCAAUUCCGACUCCCAGUGAAUGCUCUCUAGUUUCUUUUUGUACUAGCGACCACGAGUCCGACUCUGAAGAAGAAAUUAUUUAUCAAAACGUAGAGCCCAGAGAUAAUUGUCCUAGUCGUGAAAGUAUAAGUGAAGAUUCAAUUCAGGAACCGCAUAAUUCAUUUUGUUGAUAGUUCUUUAGAGUCAGAUCGGUUGUCUCUUGCACCAGUCUAUGCCGAAAUGGAAGAUCAAGUUAGUCAGUUGUGUCGAGCAGUUGAGCGAAUGCAGGCUUCUUUUAACUCACAGGGUAGAAAUGUCGGUGUGAAAUCGUCAGUAACGUUUCCAGUUUUUAGGGGAGAUGAGUGUGAAGACGCUCAUGAGUUUAUUAGGAAUUAUAAGAGGGCUGGUAGAUUAAAUGGUUCGAACGACAACAAUUUAGCAUUGGGGCUUCCUCUCUAUUUAAAGGGUCAUGCUAGCGCGUGGUUUAAGACUUUGCCUACGGCUGACGAGAUGUGGAAGAUAGUAUAAGUCUGAGAGGGAAGCACUUGCGUUAGUCGAAGGAAUUAAGAAGUUUCAACCUUAUCUUCAGAAUCGCAAAUUUACAGUUGUUACUGAUCACAGUUCCUUGCGUUGGUUAAUGAAUGUUAAGGACGCUUCAGGUCGUUUAGCAAGAUGGGCUUUACUUUUGCAGCAGUAUGAUUUUGAGAUUGUUCAUCGCCCUGGUAAGAUUCAUGGCAAUGCAGAUGGUUUAUCUACGAGUCCUUAUGUGUCAUGCGAUUUUAAUUCACUCCAAAACGAGGAGCCACAAGUGGCGAAAACUCGAGAGUUGCAAAGGCGUGAUCUUGACCUGAGCGAGAUAAUUGAUUACCUAGAAAGUGAUGUUUUACCAUCAGACGAUCGUGUUGCGCGCAAAGUUUUGCUCACGAGUGAUAGUUUUUAUAUUGGGCAUGAUGGAUUACUUUAUCAUUUAGGCGACAAUCGGAAGCGCAAUUCUUGAGAUUCGUUUUCUCAGCUCUUUGUUCCACCAACGUUAAGGUUUGAAAUUUUGUCUAACAUGCAUGACCAUGUUUCUGGUGCGCAUUUUGGGGUCCAUAAGACGUUCAAUAGGGUUAAGCAGAGGUAUUGGUGGAAAGGAAUGUACAAAGAUAUUGAACUUGGUGUAAGUCUUGUACUGAAUGUUCCAUGAGGAAAUCGCCUAGAAAUUCGAAGAAAGCACCUUUACUUCCAAUUCCAGUAGAAAAUGUCUUUGAUAGGGUAGCCUUUGAUGUACUGGGGCCUUUCCCACCUUCUAAUACAGGCAACAGGUACGUUGUCGUUUUCAGUGAUUACCUUACUCGAUGGUGUGAAGCAUUUCCCGUUCCAAGCGUUGAAGCAACUAUAAUUUCUCGUCUUUUGGUGGAUGAAGUCAUAGCCAGACAUGGUGCACCUAGAGUUUUGCUGUCUGAUAGAGGGAAAAAUUUCCUGUCUAAAGUGGUAGCAGAUGUUUGUAAGAUCUUUCAAAUUCACAAAGUAAAUACUUCUAGCUAUCACCCGCAGACUGAUGGCCUAGUCGAAAGGUUUAACUCUACCUUAUGUCAGUCACUUUCGAUGUAUAUCUCAAAGAAUCAAAAGGACUGGGACGAUUUUAUACCACCAGUUUUGUUUGCUCAUAGAACAUCAGUUUUAGAAGCCAUCGGCGAUUCUCCUUUUUACGUUCUGUAUGGCCGUGAGCCUCGUUUACCUGUGGAUGUCAAGUAUUUACCGCCAGUCGCUAAUGACGUCACUACUUCAGUUUUUGAACAUCGUAAGCGUAUUGUUGAAAAGCUUGAGUUAGCGCAAAAUUUGGCAAGAGAAAAUUUGCAGCGUGCUCAGCAGAAAAUGAAGGAUUACUAUGAUCAAGGGGCUAAGGAACCAAUUUUUGUGGUUGGUCAGCCUGUAUGGGUUUACACUCCUCGGACUAAAAAGGGUUUGUCUAGGAAACUUUUACACAGUUGGUUGGGACCAUACAGAAUAGUAGAACAGUCGUCUCCAGUUCAUUUUCGAUUGCGUACUGACACUAAUAAGAAGUUACUUUUGCCGUGCAUGCUAAUCGAAUGAAGCCAUUUAUCGAUCCGAGCUUACGACUAAUUGAACCUCCACUAUUUGAUGACCCAAGUGAGCCUUAUCUUGAUGAGUCAGAUAUUCCAGAUGACUGUUUUGAGUCAGAGCUUCCUGUCAAUAAAAAUAUUGACUCUAGUCCACCAGAUUCAGACUCUGCAAAUUCAAGCACCCAUUUAGAUCGUCAGAACCGACCGGUGCAGUCGCAAUCAAAUCCUGAUCAUUCUGUGAUAGAUGACGAAAGUAUUUUUCAAGCUGAUCGGAUUCUUAAGUCUCGUAGGAAAAAGGACAAAAUGGAGUACCUAGUUCAGUGGCAUAAUUUUUCAAGAAAUCAGUCGACUUGGGAACCGGAACAAAACAUUUUGGAUAAACGCCUAAUCGUUAAUUUCAAUAAAUCAAGGAAGUAGUGAGUCCUCUCAUAGUCGAUUCAUUUUUGUUUUGUUUUUCUUUAGGGAUGCGUUGUCUUAUACUUGUUUUUGUUUUUGUUCAGUUUUCCGUGAUACGUUCUCAAAAUUUUGGUUCUCUUAUGCAGAGAGUAACAUUUUAUCCUGCUCCAUUGAUGAUUAGUCAUUCUCCUAAGCCGCUUACUUUUUAUGCCGAAACACAGCUUUUGAAUGUUCACACAGUUUUUAAUUUUACUGACCUUAGCGGUAGUUUCGCCAUGAGUAACAAAUCUUGUUCUGUACCUCUGGAAAAGUUCUUUGAUCAAUUAUUGCUUACUGUUCGCGGUUUUCAAAAAGUUGUUCGUCGGCUUCUUUCUUUGCCAGGCUUUUCAACUUUGGUUGAGUGUGACACUUAUUUACCGAGGUAUUAUCAGUUUAUGGUAGGAAGAGUUUCGAGAAUGUCGUGUCCAAGAGCUUAUAAAAGUUCCGUUUCUGAGUGUAAAACUUGGGCGUUACGAUUCUGCCGCGGCAUGUCGGUUGACGAAAGACAGUGGUUGCUAGGGAGAGGCCGCAUGCGACGUUCAAAUUGGAUGUGCCACGCAGGGGGUCUAGGUAUUUUUCGCGCGAUUUGGACCGGAACAGGCCAUAAAUGCGAGGAGAAUCACGUUAAGAAACUUAAGGCCACUUUAAGAACUCUGAGCAGCGCUAUGUCUAUUUCUCACACGGGACGAAAAAACGGAUUUACCCAACGUCAAAGGUGAAGUCAAAGCCAAUACCAUAUUUGACUUAACUUUUGACUCGUGUCAAAAGUGCAGUAAAUCCAAUUUUUCGUCCCGUGUCAAAGUAUGAUGCGUGUUAUCAACGGAAAAGUUGUGUAUUUGUUUAAAAUUACCGAUCAAAUGAACAGUAAAUUGGAUAUUUUGUCUCAGGGUUUAAAAAUAGCUCAAAACACGUUUACUAGUUGGCAGAGACAACUCAAAAAAUUUGCCAAUUCGGUCAGAUGCCAGGAGGGAUUGACAAUGGAAUUUCUUUCUAAAUAUACUGCGGAAAUUAACCGUGCCUUUGUCGCCUUUCUUAAACUUCUUGAAAUUCAAGAUACUUUAAGCCAGAUUUCCCAUCUGAACGAUAAACCGUUGGUAGGAUAUUCAGAUUUGCCUAAGUUUAUUUCUUCGCACCUGUCUGCCAAACUUUCUAUUGAUCCUUCUUUGAGAUUGACUAUAACAGCAUUAGAGGAAGGUUUGUCCGUCCUGGCAGGCCCCAUGGUUGACGUUGAACAUGACGGUCAGAAUUUGACUAUUGAUAUUUUAUUGUUAGCACCUGAGAUCACGGAUAAGAAUAGUUUCUGCGUCGUAGAACAUUUGACGCCCCUUAAGUUUAAUAUUUCGGGUAAGUGUUUUUCAGGGCCUGUUCAACACACAAACCUUGCUUUAAUUAACUGUCCAAAUUCGAGGCGGGUAGUGUCUUUAGAGGGAUUAGAUAGGUGUUUUAGUAGUGAAGUAGGUUUUUUAUGUCCCAAAAAUGUCUUAAAGUCGGUUUCUAGCUUGCAAUGGUUGGGUUUUGCUUGGAAUCCGAACCUGAAACUUUAUUGCCCGCGGAACCACGAGGUCGCUCCAGACUGUGACCAUAUCCAUCCGCUAAUUCAUCUUGGAGGCAGAUAUUUCCUCUCAACAACUUCUGGAACAUUAACUUUAAGCAGCAGAGAGUUAGAUGUUUCUCCAUUGGCAGUUUAUAACUUUCCCUGCAACGUCAGUUUCAUCGGAGUGAAAAAACGAGCUUAGGCACCUGUCCUCAACGACUACUGGUAUCACUUCCACUGUUUUCAACUGAUAUGAUUACAUAUGUUCAGUGGAAUCCAAACUCAGAUGAUCUCACUCCGCUGGACUUGCAUCAAGAAUCCCUGACCAUCCCACCACCUAUUAAGAUUAACCGUACUGUGAUUGAUAAUUUUGAUGAGUUGUUUCAGCGUUAUGAUGGCCAGCUUAGUGAUACUUUGCAGAAGGCAGACAGUCGUAUUGAUCAGAUAGAAGAAACUACUAUUUCAUUAUUUUUACUAGUUCAUAAGUUCAGCGACAGGAUAUGCAAUGGAAGGGUCUCAUGGUCAGCUAACCCAAACACAUCCACAAUUUCGUUACUUAAUUCGGUGUGUUAGCUAGUAGAAUUAGUUGAGUAGUAAAGUUGCUGUCAGAAGCUGUUGAAGAAUAAACUGUUGUUUAAAGAGAAAGAAUAGAGUCUCGGUCCUCUUGUUAAAAAGCCAAUCGAGCUUCGCAAGCCCUCAACACUAUUGUUAUCACUUUGGAGGGCAUUGAGAAAAUAAAGACUUCAAAAAAUGACAACAAGACAGUCUACAUCAAAUCAGUGAGCAUUUACGUGUUGAAUCAUACUUUAGCAGUUAGAAAGUGUGCACCAUCCUGGCGCUGUAAUAGGCCAUCCACUACAAAUUUGUCUUGUAUUUUCAUACAUUAAAAACCUCAUUUUGACAUGAGCCGAUAAAACUCGUCUGCGAAGACGGGUGUAAAACAUAAUGUUUUCAUGCCUUGAUUUUCGGUCUUAUAUGCGAAUUCCCACAAAAAAUAUUAAAACUGCCAUACGCGAAGGCCUUCGGCCCUCGCUUCGCAAAAAAAAGCGCACUAUGUCAUCAAUGAAAUGUAACGGUAGCUCCGGUUUGGGAACACCGCUGUCUCCAAGCAAAUACAUUAGCAGGCUAAGGUGGCUUUAUUGACCGGUUACCGUGACAGGUGAGUUGAAGUAGUGAAGAAUGCGAAGAUACCACUUAUCACGAUAUCUCCUUAUUGGUCCUUUUGCUGACAGGCCCAAUGAUGUAUGCUCACGAUGGUCGAACCGUAAAAAUUGUCCUUUAUACUUAAUCCGUUUUAUUCUUAAUUUUAUAGAUAUGGCUGCCGUGAAGUUGAUUGCCAUUGCUAGCUUUGUGGUGCUAAUUACUUUAUUGGAGCAGACCAAACCUGUGGAAGCUCGUCGAGUUAAAGUGGUCCAUAUUGGCCCUCGUGUCAGAAAACUUAUCAAAAAGGUUGACGAACUGAAAAAGGAAAUCGCCUCCAGGGAGCAGUGUGAACGUAAGAAACAUUUCAAGCGCACUCUCAAUAUCUUUUAUUCUUAGAUUAUUAUGGUUAGCAGGAAUGGAUGUCUCGGUUAUUCAAGCCUGCGUGGCAGGCGUUUGAAAGAGAAGGGAAAGGGAGUUAUUCAAACAGCGGAGUUAACAAGUAGCUCGAUGUUAUUGUCAUACAUGAUUACUCCCACACUUUAUAAUAUGAUGAACAGCGAGGGAAAACACAUCUAUUUCCUUAAAAUGUCUCUCUUACAAAAGGUUCAUUGACCGAUUUUAACUGCAAUUUACGUCAGACCCAAAAGGCUUUUGUGGCCGUGGUUGCCGCAGGUUAGAUACCAGGGGCACCCAACGAUAGAUUCCUGCUAAAUACAUGGAAGACACUUUUUAGGCUAUCCAGAGUACUUUUAGAUAUCUAGAAAUGCCUUCUUAACGGUACGGUGAUUUAAAAUUUGAACCUCUUUGGUUAUCCUAGGGGAACUUGAGCGUUUCCGAAAUUACAAGCACUUCAGUAUUAUUAUUUUGCCGAGAAUUUUAGGUGCAGUUAACCUACUACAGAAAAGGGAAUUUUUCUGAUUCCUCUUUCCAUCACAUUUUUGAAUCGGAAAGUUUUAGGUUUCCUUUUUUGUACGAAAAAUAGCCUAACCAGGGAAUUGAAAAGUGAAAAAUUAAACUUCAGAAAAUCGUAACGAAUUUAUUAAAUAAGCGUCAAAAAUUGUACAUGAACGGAAGGGUCAUCUAGAAAUUUUUAGUCUUCCUCAAGUAAUGGAAAGAUUCUAGGCAAUAUUUGCUUUUCCGAACAAAUAUUUUACAGAAAAGGGUUGUUGAGUGCCCCUGAGAUAAUAGGCAAGGACCAAAUGAUAAUUUCUAGGUUAUGGAGAACCCAAGAGGGGAUUUGGGGUCAUGAAAAAUUGAAAUUUUAAAGAAAAUUUAAGGAUGGCUAAAAGGAGCAUUUUCGUUCCAUCAGUCGUCGUUUUCGUUUUCAGUUAUUCGUUGAUGAAACAAUUUAAAAUUUCCCUUUCAAGGUAACUUAAAACUCUGAACACUGCAUUUAGAGGAAAUACAAAAAAAAAACGGGGUUUAAUUUGUAGAAAAAUACUCAGGGAAUCAAAUAGUGUCUGCAGCAACCAUGAACAAAACCAGUACUCCGUGAUAGCCGCAAAAGCAACAAUAAACGAAUAGUGUGACAAGUCAUCCGUUAAAAGAAAUAUAGAAAUAUAUUUGUUUUACUUAUUAAGCCUCCUUCCAGGCUAAACCGGCCACUGACUUAUCGAUUUUUGCAAACGGUUCAAAAUCCUAAUAGGUUUUAUUAGACAAAUGUAUAGCCUCCCACGCAGACGGUUCUUACUGGUUCGUCACGCAAUCAUUCCUCUCCCGUUCGUGGGGUAGGAACUCGUGACGAACCCCUAAGAACGUUUGCGUGGGAGGCUAACAAAUGUAUUACUAUGUGCCUGUUAAUCGGAACAACCUAAAUUUUAUAAACCCGGAAACAUUUAUAAACCCAAAUUGUAAAAAGAUGCAUGAAGGGCGUUUUGAAACAUUCGAAAACGUUCCACAAUAUUCCCAAUCUAUUUUAAUUAAGCACAAUCAAAGAGGCUAUAGAGCGGGAAAGUCUAGGCAUGUUUAUUGUUUUAUGUUGUUCCCAUUGUGUUAAAAUAGACGCGGAAGACAGCUAUUUCAAUAUCAACGGUUUACCUCGACGUUUUACCAAGGAAUAUUGCUUGCAGUGACGUCAUCACCUCGACCUUCCCUCCACCUAACUUUGACGUGACCUUACCUCGUCUUACUUCGUUUUUACCUCUACAGUAAAACGGAGAAAUUCAGCCCUCUAUGACUACUGACCGUGUUUACAUCAUGUGUUUCUUUUACAGCUUGCGAUUCAAUUAAGGAAGAAGGUUUCCUUUUCCGAAAUCAAACGGCUGACUACAUUGAUGCAGGGAAAUUAAGUGGGCCGUUGGAUUCAUUUACUUUCUGCAUCUGGUUCAAAUUUGAAAAAGACAGUGAUCAAGGGUGUAUAUUCAGCACAGGAUUAAAAGGACGUCAACUUGCCAUGGACGUUGGCUUGUAUAUACUAUAUGGCUAUCUUUACUUCGAGACUAGCGGCCCACUGUAGGUUAAAGUCCUUUUUAAUCUUCUCUCUUUAAAUUGGGCUCAGUAAGCUGAAUUAGCUAGGAUUCUCAACUUGUUGCGAAAGAGAGAGACAGAGAGAAUAGCCAUUUUGACCACUUUGUGAAAAAUUAUAUCAGGAAACUCGGAAUUCACUUUCAGUGUUUGCUAAUGUACAGUGUACAUGUAACUUGUUAGACGGAUAAAAAUCCCCACCCCUUGCACCAUGAGCUAGGAAAAACUGUUGUGGUUAAAAAAUAGUGAUCUCGUUGAAACUGCUUCCACUCCUUCACCGAAACGUACCUUAACAAUAACGUCUUUGAGGUCAAUAAUCUUAAUAUCAUUGAGACCCUACAAAAGAAAGCACACAAGGUAAAAGGUAAUAGAUAAGAUAACCCAUAUAGGUGUAUUUACUUCUUAAGGCUCUUUGCUAGUAAUGAGCCCCUGCUCCCCCCUGGUGUUGACAUCACCAUUUCUUCUCGGUCGUUUGUGUUCAGUCAGUCGCGUGCUAAGGUUUCUGCUGGUUUCACCAAUGUAAGUGGCUUGGAAGUCGCAGCAUUUUAUCUUGUAAACUGCUCCCUGUCUGUCCUCCGGUCGGUUUUUGUCCUUGAAAUUGGUAAGCGGUCGUCGUAAAGUUGUUAUUAGGGACGUUACGAUCCGACAACGGCGACGCAAAUGAAAACGUCGCUGAAAAAUAGACUUCGCGUCCUUUACAACUUUUUCGCCCUUGUACCAAGUCACCCAGUUACUUGAAAGGAGAGAAGUUUGGUUGGAACUGAAGAGGGGGGACCGCGUUCGAUUUCAGAGAGAGAAAGUAAAAUUUAUCGCCUAUGCGAUUAUCGGAAGCGAAACGAAGAGUGGAGGCCAAGUAUAUAUUCAAGGUUAUACUAUUUAAUGGUUAAAGGAGAUUACAUGAGCAAGGUCUAAGGUCAACUGAACUAUUGUACAUUCACGUCAGGAUAUAUAAGUCGAGCGCGGUUACUAAGUAAGAGGAUUAAGGGCUAAUCCCACAUCCCCCUUUCUACACAUUUUGGUACUUCUAUAAGAAUGUCUCUGUGCAAAGUUCUUUAACGAUAGGAAGCGAGUCAAUCAAGUAUUUCGAUCACGAAACGAAUCACUUAUAACAAAUGUUCUUUAAGUCCUAAUCAAAACCUAAUCUCUUGGGCGGGUUAACUUUUCUUCCGGAACGAGUAGUGUUUCCAGGAACGGGAACUGGAAUGGAAGACUUUCAAGCAGACCGUAAAGCAUCUUUCUUCUCUGCCGGAACAGGUGGCUGAUCCUUAGAAGUUUCAGGAGGAUCGGGUAAAGGGCUUCCUGUUACGUACUUUGCUUCUUUAGGAUUUGGAUUGAGCUGCCGUUUGUUUCUUCUAACAGUUGCGUUACUGUCAGUGUCGAGGUAAUAGGAACGUGGCUCUGGUGUUUUGGCCACUACUAACGCGUUCUCUUUACGAUCAGGGAUAUAAACACGAUCGCCUGGUGACAGAUGACUUAGCUCUUUAACUGCAUGUCGUCGGUUGUAAUCUUUUGUUUGCUCGGUCUUAACCUUGGCUUCCUUUUCACGCAAUUUCGUUAACUCAGGCCAUUGCGGUGUUAGUUUAAAUGGAGUAGUUGGAAGGGUUGUGCGUAGUCGCCUUCCCAUGCAUAGUUCGGCUGGGCUGAAUCCGUUUUCAAGUGGGGUAGCUCUGUAAGCGAGUAGUACUUCAUAUGGAUCGUCGGAUUUGGUAAGGAGGUUUUUAGUGUUGUUUGCACCAUAUGUUCGGCUUCUCCGUUGCUUUGAGGGUAUUUUGGACUGCUGGUAAUGUGUGUGAAUCCCCAGUCUUCUGCAAAUUUGGCGAAUUCCGCUGAGGAAUACUGCGGUCCGUUAUCGGAGAUCACGGUUUCUGGAAUUCCGUGGCGUGCGAAAAUCGCUUUUAGGUGAUUGAUCACUUCUUGGGUAGCCUGCGAAAACAUCCGUUUCUCCUCGCUCUUCGUCGCUGAGGACGUUUCGCGCGGAGGAACGUCUGCGACUCAGUGACAGAAAUUCCAUACUGAUGACGCAAAUCAAUGUUUACAUAACAAAUCCGGUAGUUAUGGGGUUCCAAAUAUAAAUUUGUCUAAUUUUGCGUGUCUUCUGGUAGAUUUUGGUAAAGUGUUGUGUUGAUCUGUCCACGAGCUCCAGCAAAACUCAAAUGCUUCUUCUAGAGAAGACUAUAUUGCACAAAUAUUGACUGUUUUGUUAGAGAUUCUUCGUGUUUACAUUUGACCUUUUUGGCCUUUUGUCUUUUGUCUGUCAUUUGUAAACAAUAGCUAAAACAAUGUAACUGCUCCGUCGACCAAUCAGCGCUUCUGACCGGAUUCUGGACAGAUUUUACGUCAUCAGUAUGGAAUUUCUGUCGCUGAGUCGCAGACGUUCCUCCGCGCGAAACGUCCUCAGCGACGAAGAGCGAGGAGAAACGGAUGUUUUCGCAGGCUACUUCUUGGGAGGUGCAUUUUCGAAGUACUCCAAUUUCACAAUAUCGCGAGAAGUAAUCUACCACGAGGACGAAUUCUUAUCCUUUCCAUUCGAAUAGAUCGGUUCCUACUUUCUGGAAUGGACGCUCGGGUAACUGGGAAGGAAUCAUGGGCUCUGCACGAUUAGUUUUCGUCUUGAUGUAAGUAGGGCAUUCUAUGACAAGAUCUUCUAUCUGCUUGCUGAGAUUCGGCCACCAAAAACCACUUUUCGCCCUUUCGCGGCAUUUCUGGAUGCCUUGAUGACCUGUGUGUAUCUUGUCUAAUACAUCGAGCCUUAACGCUGAGGGAAUUAUGACUCUGUCGUCUUUCAUUAGGAUUCCCUGCUGAACAGUGAUUUCUGCUCUGUACUGCCAGUACGGUUGGAGUGAACAAUUCAGGUGAUGUUUCUCUGGCCAGCCUUCACUGCAGAACAGCUUAAGCUUUGAACAAACUUCACCUUCAUCCUGAUGAAGGCGUAUUUCUUGCAAGCGGCGUUCUGUAGUUGGUAGGCAUUCUACUAUGUGUGAGACAUAGAGGUUUAAAUCAUCAUUAAGUUGCCUCUCGUCUUUCGUGAGACUUCGGUGAAGCGGCGCUCUUGAUAAGGUAUCAGCUGUGGUGAGAUCUUUUCCGGGUACAUGGACUAUAUGGUACGAGUAGCGCAUCAGUCGCAUCCGGAACCUCUGAAUGCGUGGUGGCAUGUCCUGGAGACAUUUAGAUCCUAGUAACGGCACCAACGGCUUGUGGUCCGUUUCGAUAACGAACUCUUUACCGAGGACAAAGUCGGCAAACUUUUCGCAAGCCCAAGUAGUUGCGAGUGCUUCUUUCUCUAUCUGAGCGUAUCUUUGUUCGGUAGACGUCAUAGAGCGCGAAGCGUAGGCGAUUGGCUUCUUUGUGUCAUCCUCUUGGACUUGUAAGAGGACUGCUCCUAAUCCAUACGACGAGGGCGUCUGCAGAUAUAAUAGCUUCUUUCUCGGAGCAGUAAUGAGCGAGAACUGGCCCAGAAAGAUUCUUCUUCAGCUUGGCCCCAGUGCCAUUCGUUCUUGCUUGAAAGAAGAUCGCGAAGAGGCAUAGUCUUCUCGGACAGGUUUUCGAUGAACUUCUGUUGGUGGUUGAUCAUUCCCAGGAAUCUUCGUAGUUCUGCAACAUUUUGCGGUCUCUCCAUCUUUUCGAUAGCUGCAGUCUUGUCUGGAUCGGGGCCUAUCCCUUGAGCGCUGAGACUGUGGCCCGCAAACUUCAAUUGUUUCCUUGAAAAUUCGCACUUCUCUAGGUUCAGGGUGAUUCUUGCUCUGAUCAAUCUUGUUAAAACUGCUUCACGUCGUUCAUCGUGUUCUUUUUGCGUCUUUCCAUGCACGAGGAUGUCAUCCAUAAUGCAUAUCACUCCUUCCAAACCUUCCAGCUCGUUUAGCAUUCUCUUUUGGAAUCGUUCUGGUGCUGAUUUUAAACCAAAGGGGAGUCGCUGAAAACAAUAUCUGCCAAAGGGGGUCAGAAACGUAGUCAGGAGUUGAGAGUUCUCUGCUAGCUUCUCCUGCCAAAAACCGGAAUUUGCGUCAAUUUUUGUGAACACUGUGGACUCUCCAAUCUCUCCUAGCAAGGCGUCAAUCUUUGGAAGUGGAUACGUUUCACGGCAAACGUUUUCAUUUAGCUUUGUCAGAUCCACACAUAUUCGGAGUUUCCCGUUUGAUUUAGGUACUGUGACCAUUCCAGCGCACCAGUUUGUAGGCUUGUCAAGCUUUCUGAUUACUCCCAGCUUCUCCAUUCCAGCAAGUUCUUCCUUUACUUUGCUUUUCAUUGGUAAUGGAAUACGUCUUGGGGUCAUGAUUGCAAACGGUUGAGCAUCGGGCUUCAACUUGAUUUCAUAUUGUCCCUCAAGUUCUCCCAGUCCAUGGAACAGUUGAGGGUAUUUCGCUUUAAUCCUUUCUUCGUAACUUUGACUUUGGAUUUCAUUGAUUCUAGCCAAUAAAUUUCGGUUUUCAAUCGCUGGCUGUCCCAGAGGAGGCUCUUUUAAACCUUUGACAACAUAAAUAUCUUCCGUCACGCACGUUUCUCCCAGGGAUAAAGUAUCACGAACUGUUCCCAUUACACGAAGACCAUUGUGAUCGGCUCCAAAGAGUCUUUUGGAGGUGGAGUGCAGUUUUUCUAAGUUGCAUUGGCGAAAAACUUCUUCAGGAAUAACUGUGACUUCCGCGCCAGUAUCAAUCUUGAAAUUUAUUUCGGAGUUUCCUAUUAAUAGAUUGGUACGCCAUUUCUUUGAUGUUUCGAUUGUGUUGACAACUUCAUUGACGGUCAUUACAGAGAUAUCAUCUUCGUCCGAAUCUUCGCCAACCCUUUGGACUCGUUUUGAAGAUUUGCAGACCUUGGAAUAAUGACCCUUUUUGUUUCAUGCAUUGCAGGUAGCAUCUUUGGCUGGGCAACGCUGAGGAGGGUGACCUGGCUGAGCUCCGCAUCUGUAACACGAUUUUUACUUCCUUUUCGAAGAACCUCCAAAAUGCUUGGGUUUUGGACUUCGACGUUUGUUUUCUGGAACUUUCCUGUCAUGUACUUCCGAUAUGUCGGCGGCACUUGAGUUGUUUUGAAGAAUUUGAUCUUGAUGUUUCGUGAUUUCGGCGGAUUUAACUUCUUUAAUUACUUGAUCCAGAUUUACAUUGUCAUUUGCCAUCAAUCGUCGCCUGAGAUGAGAAUCACGCAAACCAGCUAUUAUUUGAGUGUGCACCAUUUGGUCACGAAGGUCCCCAAAAGAGCAGAGGUCGGCUCUUUUCUGAAGGUCUUCUAUAAAGGUGAGGACAGAUUCUUUGUCCUGCUGAAAGCGUCUUACGAACUGUGCUCUCUCGAAGACUAAAGCGACUUUUCCUUUGAAAUGAUCCUUGAAUUUUUGUUUGACAUUUGCGUACUUGAUAUCUUCCCCUAUCAGUUUGAAACUGUCAUAAAUGUCGGCGGCAUUAUUUCCCAUUACGUAAAAAAGCGCAUUGAUGCGCACUUUAUCUGACAGCCCAUCACGUUCCGUAGCUGCUUCAAAUAAUUCAUAGCGCUGUAUCCAGUGGUCCCAAUCGUCUGUUUUGGGAUCAAACUUAGCCGGAGGAGGAAUAUUAAAAUUGACUGCGGCCAUUUUCAUGCUUCCACUUUGUGGGUUAUCCAUCUGUAUUGAGCCCGUCGAAGAACUCGUUUCCACUGCGGCUGUGGGCGGUGACGUGAGUGGCGUGCUUGGCGUGCUUGAUUCCUCGAUUCUUUCUUCGUUUGGGCCUUGAGUGUUGGGAUUCAUUCACGCGAUGUGAAAUAAAGUGGCGAAACAAAUUUCUUUUCCGCUACUGCUUGUUCCUGCUGUAGGAUCCCGCUUCUGACACCAUGUGCGAUUAUCGGAGGCGAAACGAAGAGUGGAGGCCAAGUAUAUAUUCAAGGUUAUACUAUUUAAUGGUUGAAGGAGAUUACAUGAGCAAGGCCUAAGGUCAACUGAACUAUUGUACAUUCACGUCAGGAUAUAUAAGUCGAGCGCGGUUACUAAGUAAGAGGAUUAAGGGCUAAUCCCACAUCGCCCUGGGCGUCGAUAAAAUCUGGAACAUGGAACAUCCCGGAACAUCCCGGAACAUCCUGGAACAUCCCGGAACAUGAAAAAAUUAAAAUUUUUUUAUGAAAAAAUAAUUAAUUAAGUAAGUAAGUAAUAAUAAUAAUAAUAAUAAUAAUAAUAAUAAUAAUAAUAAUAAAAAGAACAAUAGAUAGAAACAAUUUUUGCAAAAAUUUAAAAUAACAAAAUAAAUAACAUAACAUAACAUAAAAACGAAAAAUAAAGAAAGAAAGAAAGAAAGAAAGAAAGAAAAAGAAACUGGUAUCAUCUCCGAGUAUGACAAAUCAAUAUUUUGUCGCAAUGAAUUUUUUGGGUGAGUGAGGGUCCAUUCAAAUGACAGUAAUGAGUGAAGGCUUGCUUCUAAAUUCAAAAUAUAUUAAAAUGGGUCGCGAGGAGGGGGUUUUCAAGCUUUCCUCACACAGCCACGUCUUGUAAAUGUUCGCCAUGCGGUUUAACGGUUAUCAAUUUACGCCUUUGCGACCGUAAGAAGAGCUUAGGGGCUCGUUGCUUUGGACUUGGAUAAUAAAAUUAAACAUUCACAUUCGCCGCAGAAUAGUUGCAGUGGCCGUGGUAGCUCAGCGGUAGUUUCUAACUGUUAUCAGUUAGCCUGAAUUUUAGUCAUCUCCCUGCAAACUCCUCUUGCGACUCGAGGAGACGUCUGAAAUAUCAUGCUGACUGUAAACAGUAUAGAACCUACUACCAAUGUGAGUAUUGUCCACUAAAAUCCAAAGACAGGAGCCCCCAUACUCUUCUUAAGUUUACAGAGCCGCCUAGUCUGUAAGUAAUUCAUGUCAACCUCAAGUGAAGCAAAGCACCUCAAGUAAGCAAAUGUCGGUUAUAUACUAGGAGACCAUAUGUUGGCUUGACAUGAGUUACUUACCGACUUGGCUUGACAUGAAAUACUGCACUGACACUUCAGACCAUCGCAGAACCGUAAAUGGAUAACCACCAAAUGAUUAACUCAUGGCAAACAAUUACAAGAGGUGGUUGUGUGAGGAAAGCUUGAAAACCCCCUCUUCGCGACCCAUUUGAAUAUAUUUUGAAUUUAGAAGCAAGCCUUCACUCAUUACUGUCAUUUGCAUCAACCCUCACUCGCCCAACAAAUUUUAAUUUGUUGCGACAAAAUAUUGUUUUCUCAUACUCAGAGAGGAUACCAGUUUCUUUUUCUUGAUUAUUUCAUUAUUUUUCGGGGUUUUUUUUGUUAUUUUACGUUCUUAUUAAUUUUUGCAAAAAUUAUUUCUUUUUUUUUUCAUGAAAAAUAUUUUAAUUUUUUCAUGUUCCGGGAUGUUCCGGGAUGUUCCGGGAUGUUCCGGAAUGUUCCGGAAUGUUCCGGGAUGUUCCAUGUUCUGGGUUUUAUCGACGCCCUAUCGCCUUGCCGUUCCCGUUCUCUAAUCAACUCAAAAUUGGUCAUGUCACAUUGUAGUUGUGCAUGGACGGCAAAGAAAUGUACAAAAAAGCGUGAUAGUCUCCUUCAUCUUUCCUAUAGUAAAGUAAAGGUGAAGGAGACUAUUUUCUCCGAAACUUCGUGUGCAUAUUAAGGACAACAACAACUCGCCACAUGGUAAGUUUCAUCGAUUUUUUUUUCCUUUUUCUGGCAAAUUUCCAGACCUAAACUUCGCCCCACUUGUUCUCUAUAUUUACUCAUGUUAUAUGAAUCCCGUACGUGAUACAAAUAGUGAGCCUGGGUUACUGGUGGUUCUGCCUGUGAAGGUGCUCGUGAACACUGAAAUCUUUGAUUUCGUCUCUGUGUACGGUGGUAAAGGUGUCGUCGACGUAGCGUAACCAAAGCGAUAUUAAUAGUUCGCUAGGGCUUCUUCCUCGAUGUUUUGCAUCAACAAUAUCUGUUACAACAACAGAAACUGGAGAGCCUAUCGCUGUUCCAUGUAGCUGUUUGUAGUGUUUGUCACUUUACCGAAUGUACGUCGAAGGUAUACAGAGGUCAUUGAGUAGGUCCAUAUAAUGACGUCUGUAGAAAGUGGCAAUUCAACAGUCAGGUAGAGUUCUUAUAAGCGUUCUCAGUGCAGUCUAGAGGCAUGCUUCACCUACUUAUGGAAUGACUCCUGGGCUCACACCUUUCACACAUAAAGAAAACAAUUUGAAAUUUUCUGACAGCUAUUAAAAAAAUGGUUUAGAAUGCUUUACACGCUGUAGUAAAUUUCAGGGCGUUAAUUCUUUUGCGCCACGUCAUGUUAAUCGAGCAAACGGCGAGCAAACAAGUUAGUUUUAGGCAGAGGGGAAAUAAAAUGUCAAGACUUCAGAAGAGCUGAGAACUAGCUAGACACGCGAAAUUAAUAAUUGUUUUAGUUGAAGAACCCACUGUAACUCUAGCUUCGUUCUCUUUGGCUCUCUCUCUCCACAGGACCAGCUUCGAGGCGGACAGCGGCUUUGGUCUUGACAAGUGGAACCAUUUCUGCGUAACAGGAUACCCAUGGAAGUUUUACUUAGAUGGAAAACUGGCGGAUACACAAGCCUAUCAGGAAUUCGGUGACCUGCUUCUCUGUCAUUAAAUUAACUAAUUAACAACUGUUACCUUAAUUGGGCACUCCCAAAGAUGACGCUUUUCUUUAAGUGUUGGAUUGUGAAUCAGUGUGUAUUCCCAAACAGUUGCGGACAUAUAGGAAAUUGAAUCGAAUGGAAACGACUCUCCCGUUGGUUCCUUCGUCAUAGAAAAAUGAUAUGCCUCUUAUGUGCCGCUGAAUCGGGUAUGGUUUUCAGGGUCUUAUGAGUUUUACACGGGGUAUGAAUUUUCAUUGUUUAGCGUCUUGAACAGUGUGAAUUUUGUUAGUUUAUGGGGUCUUCCCAUAAGUCCUUCUGGUGAAAUUCAAGUUGCUGCUUAUUUUCUCAGUCAAUUCCACAUUUAUAAGCUGAGUAUCAUGGUGUCAGAAGUUUAUCGUUGUUAAAAGAAUAUCUUGGCAGCAGAAGUCUGCAAGGAGAGCGUUUCAGCGAAGCUGCCUUCGCUGUUGUGGUAUUUUCAUUGUCAAUCGUAAUAGAGCACGUGGAGGGAUGUCGCCAUAUUUCUUUCGCUGAAAGAAACUAGAAAGCAACAAAUUUAUGAAUCGUUCAGUAUUCGACUUCAAAAUUCUAUCCAUUCAGCGUCCAAAAGGCUAAGGGGAAUGAUCCUCCUUCUAGUACAAUCUAGAUGUAAAGACCCAUGUGAACUAUUCUCCUGGUUCCCGAAUGUACAUACCAGGCGUUCGUAGUAGAGCUUAUCAUUCUCCAAACUGACCGCACCCAGUGUUAGAGCACACCUGAAUACUACGAUCAACGACUCACUUUAAAACUGAGUUGGUUUACAGCAACUUACAGCAAACGACGGAAUCUGUAGAUCGCCCCGUCAAAUAGAAACAUAUUCACCAGUGGCGGAAUGGGGGGCUUGGGAUGGGGAGAUGGGGGGCGGUCUCAAAAAAAAUGUUUUUCGGCGCUUUGGGCCUCCGUUUAGUGUAAAUGCAAGGGGGAGCCUCCCCUGGAUCCACCGUUGUUCACUCCACUAUGGGGUUCUUGUUUGUUGAGUUUUGGUCUUCAGCAGGCCGGAGAAUAAGUCAACCCGGGGGGAUACCCCUGGGAAUUCUUGGUGGGGCUGUGCCGUCCGGUUCUCCAAAUCCAGACCCUCUCAGACCAAAAAAUGUCAUUUUCACACCCGUUUUCACACUUUUCAGACCUCGCUUCUAAAAUCGAUACCCGUUUUCAGACCUGGCAUAGGCAGAAAUUAUUUCAUCAUCACUAAGAUAAGAACGCCAACAAAAAGAUUUCUUGAAAUCCAUUUCGAAUUCGCAUAUUAUUCUUCCUAUCUGAUUCGUCUGGAAUUGAAAGGACACUCCCGUGGUUUCUUCGAAAACCAUACUCUGUUCUCGACCAAAAUGGACUUUUCGGUCUUUUCAGACCAAAACGGCGCAAAAAUGAUACCCUUUGGAGCGGCACAUAGUUACAUGACUUAUAUGAGUGAGUACCCCCCCCCCCCACCCCCACCCCCCGAAUUCAACUUUUAGGAGUGUUAUAGGUUUAUUAUUUUGCGGCUUGGAGAUAGCUUAACUUCCUUCAGUCAAGAUAACAGUGCCAAUUUUUUGGGUGAAAAAGAUGUACAAUCAUGAAGCUUUCCUGGGUGUCUAUUACUUGACAAUACGCGAAAAAACUUUAAGUUAAAUCUCGUACUCGUAGUCGUUCUCGUCCUAGAAUCUAAAGGUCUCUAAUAUUAGAACAGUCAACUACAUGGAGUGUCUGAGCGGAUCUUUUUGCUUUCGAAAAUUUGCCAGUUCGACAAACUUGGUUAUCUCACAGAAAUACAUCACUGAUGCUUACAAAAUCGGUGCCGAAAAUAUACCAACUUUAGUCUAUAGUCUAUAGUAAGCUCCCUCUUAAAAGACACCUCUAUAUGACGAACACCUCGCUAACACGGACACCUUGAAUUGUUACCUGCAUCUGACUAAAUUUGACUGCAUUUGACAAUUGACUGAAUGCAUAGUAAAUGUGCGUGGAUGAGCGGAUAUCUUACUUAAAGUACUUCUGUGACCAGUGGGCAACUCUUGCUCACUGUUAUUUUAAACGCGCCGUUAAAGUCAGUUAAUUAUAAAAGCCAAGGAACGCAGCCGACACUUGCAUGACUUGGCUUUAAAGUAAGACAUGUACACUGGUAAGACAGAAAACAACCUAUGGACGAUCACUUUCUAAAUUACUCAUCUUGUUGCAAAUUUCACGCUCCAAACGGUUAUUCCAUUUACCUUUCAUUUCAAUUCUUCAGUCUUUAUCUAAACACGACAUGAUAUUGAAAAUCUCGCUGACGUAAAAAGAUAAUAACUUUAACCUUCAACUUUUCCUUUACAUUGUAGUAUUAGACCCCGGCCAAGACAACUUGGUAUUUGGACAAUUUUACUCUCGAGAAGACAAAAGUUUCCUUGCCGAUUACAGCUUCGUGGGGAAAAUGGCAGGCAUCAACUUUUGGGAUCGUUCGCUGAGUGACCAAGAUAUCUCCGAACUAUUCAAGUCGUGCGCUUCCGGGAAGGGCAACAUUAUUUCCAUGGCUGACUUACAUGGGAUGGGAGAAGUGGAGAAAAUCUCCGUAUCUUGUAAAUCUGAGUGAGCUGAUAAGCAUUGUUGACAACGAUCAUUUUUGGGUGAUUUAGACAAUUAUAAUCAAGGGAAUUUAGCUAUUUGGUUUGAAAUCCCGCAGGCGUGUCUUUUGAAAAAGUCUGAAAUUGGAUUUGAUCGACUUGAUUAUCAAUUAAACUGGUGUUAUAUAAAGCUUGUUACCAAAACCCGGCUUUAGAAAACUCACACGUUUUAUUUGCAUUACGUAUCCACAAUGACUUGGUCUUGUAUUUGACAUUUAUUUAUUGUGAAUACCCAUGCAAUCAUUACUUACGAUGAGCAGGAAUAUCCUUUAUAACACACUCUUACCAGUGGCAUCCAACGAAAGAGAAAAUAUUGCCAAGAAAUUUCUUGAAUUCGAUUUAAGGCCGAAAUCUUCUGGAUUAUUACCGCACCAUUCGUCUAAGAUAUUCGAAUUAUUAUUAUUAUUUUUUUUUGGAUGACUUACUUAAGAUUGACGGAGGUUGCCUUUUUCACAUUCUAUUGCCAAGGUUUAAAAUAUCAUUUUAAAAAGGUACUCCUGAAAAUUUCGGUGUAAAGACAAAGCGUCCCCUUGAAUCUCCUAAUAAAGUAUGGCUACUCUAUGUACUUUAACGUUCGACCGGGCCCAUCAGGGUCGGUUAAAGCCACCUAAAACUUUUGAGACGAAAGAAGUCCGCCUAACGAAUCCGAACACAAACAGAGAUCUCCAAAUUUACCAAACAGGCCUCAGAGAAAAGCAUUUGAGAAAAUUCGGGCGUAUUUGGAAACAUUCGAUCGUUGGGUGCCCCUGUCUUCAUGUAAGUGGGACUGAACAGUCGAACGGACUCAUUCAGAUUUUUUUUCAAAAUGGCAACGCCCUUUAAUUUGUUAUUUUGGUUUUUGAUUCAAUAUGUCGUUUUGGUGCUGGCUUAGAUACAUAUAUUUGGGGAUAUAUUGUAAAUUCAGGUUUUUAAGACUUGACUGUAAGCCUACGUCAUUGGCUUGUAUUAGGGACCUUAAGCAACGACGACAACAAAACAACUGCGCAUGCUCUGCACGUGCAUCACGCUUUUUAGUACAUUUCUUUGACGUCCACUACACGACUAUGACGUGAAACCUCCCAUUGCGACGUUUUAUGAAGGACGUGGACAUACUACGACAAAUUUUCCCUUCUCUAUUUGAACAGGAUAAAGCCCUUAAGAAUUCAACUCCAGGAAAAGUCGCCUACAUUUGACGAAUUGAGCGGUUCCAGUUAGACGCGAUAAAAUUUGAAAGGACGGAAAUUCUUUUUUUUUAGUGAUGUUUUCUCUGCCGUCGUCUUCGUUGCUCAAGGUCUCUAUUAUCACUGGUUGACAUCAAAAUAAAGAAGUUAAUGAAUCGAGGCAACCGUUUUCUUUGGGUGGCUUAUAUGUUUAUGGUUUUAGUUUUUUACCUAAAUGUGAAUUUGCUUCUCUGUUUCUACUUUUGAGGAGUUAAUAGUUGUUGGACGAAAACAUAGAUAUCGUGACCCUUCUCUCUCAAGUUCACGGAAUGCAGUAAGCGCACUUUAACAAAGUGUUUGAAAAACAAAAAAACAUUUUCAUGGUAUGCACUCUUACAGACCACUGAAAUAAGGUCAAAAUGUUCAGAACUCAAGUGGAACCACAAGCCGCAGGCCCCCUUUUUUCAAACAAUAUUGACAGUAUCAUCACGCGCAUGAAAAAAACUUUGCCAUCAUUGCGACAUUUCCAUUUCCAACGAACCAAUCUUACCGGUAUAGAAUGUACAAGUGUAAUAACUGGACCCAAGCGUAACAAAGGUCUCAUUUGUAAUAACAUUAAUUUUGACCCAUGCAAGCGUAAUAAAAGUCCCAUCCGUAAUAAGAUUUUGAAACCAAGCGUAAUAAAGGUCCUUUUUGUAAUAACAUUUGGCCCCAAGUGUAAUAAAGGCCGCAUUUGUAAAAGUUACCUUUAUAAACCGGUAAUAUACCAACAACAAAUUAUGGCCAAUGAGAGGUAAGUAAAAUGACGUGACCUGCGGAAACCAGCCACUGCCAUUUAAUUUUAUCUUCAUGGCUUUGACGUCACUGUCAAACUGAAUUUUACACAUGUUGUGGCGAUGACUAUUUAUUAACUCAGCUAGGACCAAAGGUCAUUUAAGCGAUAGACCACACUUUCUAUCGGUUUACCGGCUUAAUAACCCACGCGGGAUGUUGGGAGAUCACGAG